CAUUGCUUUAUUGGUGCUUAAUUUUCUAAAUUUAGAACAAUUAAGUAGCAAUGGCAAUGAGAAGCAGGGGAGCACUUUUAAGCCUUUUGAUUUUCCUCUCUGUCUUUGUCUUGAACACUGUCCAAGUCCAAGGCAAUCCAAACUACAGAGAUGCCCUUGCAAAGUCCAUACUCUUCUUUCAGGGACAGAGGUCAGGGAGGCUCCCCUCCGGCGCAGCCCAACAAAUGACCUGGAGGUCCAAUUCCGGGCUUUCUGAUGGUCUUCAGUCACAUGUGGACUUAACUGGAGGAUACUAUGAUGCUGGAGACAAUGUCAAAUUUAACUUCCCAAUGGCCUUCACCACCACAAUGCUAUCAUGGGGCACGCUUGAAUAUGGCAAGCGCAUGGGCCCCCAAUUAUCAGAUGCCCGGGCUGCAAUCCGAUGGGCCACGGACUACCUUUUAAAGUGCGCUCGAGUCACUCCCGGCAGGCUCUACGUUGGAGUUGGUGACCCCAAUGUAGACCACAAGUGCUGGGAGAGGCCUGAAGACAUGGACACGGUUCGAUCCGUGUAUUCGGUCUCACAAAGCAAUCCGGGCUCGGAUGUUGCUGGAGAGACGGCCGCUGCAUUAGCGGCUGCUUCUAUGGUUUUUCGAAAGGUUGACCCAAAAUAUUCCAAGUUGCUGCUGAGCACGGCCAAGGAAGUGAUGCAAUUUGCGAUGCGGUACCAAGGGUCUUACAGUGAUUCCCUUGGAUCUGCAGUCUGUCCAUUUUAUUGCUCAUAUUCUGGAUAUAAGGAUGAGCUUUUGUGGGGAGCUGCAUGGCUUCUUAGAGCAACAAAUGAUAUUUAUUACUUCAAUUUUCUGAAAUCCUUGGGAGCUAGUGAUUCAACAGACAUCUUCAGCUGGGACAACAAAUUUGCUGGUGCUUAUGUUCUAUUGUCAAGGAGGGCAUUGUUGAGCAACGACAACAACUUUGAGCCAUUUAGACAAGAAGCUGAGCAAUUUAUGUGCCGGAUUUUUCCAAACUCACCCUCUUCAAGUACACAAUAUACACAAGGAGGGCUCAUGUACAAGCUGCCUGGAAGUAACCUCCAAUAUGUAACCUCAAUAACAUUCUUGCUUACUACCUACUCAAAGUACAUGGCUGCUAGGAAGCAAACAUUUAACUGCGGCAGCCUCGUUGUCACUCCGAGAGCCUUAAAAAUCCUGGCCAAACAGCAGGUGGACUACAUAUUAGGGGUAAACCCUCUGAAGAUGUCGUACAUGGUAGGGUAUGGGCCCUAUUUUCCCAAGAGAAUUCACCACAGAGGAUCUUCAUUGCCUUCAAAGGCAAGCCAUCCACAGAACAUGGGUUGUGAUGGUGGUUUCCAACCAUUCUUUUAUUCAGCAAACCCAAAUCCUAACAUCUUGGUUGGAGCCAUUGUGGGAGGUCCAAAUCAGAAUGAUGGGUUCCCAGAUGACCGCAGCGACUAUAGUCAUUCAGAACCUGCAACCUACAUAAAUGGUGCUAUUGUUGGACCCUUGGCAUACUUUGCCGGGAGCUACAGAAGUUGAUUGGAUUGGAG